UCAGGAUAACAUCGUAAACGAGGACCACCUGACGGUAAGACCGGACUAAAUGGAAGCAGCGGAGGAAACUCUCACUUACCUAGAUGACACCGGACUUCACAGGAAGCUGCUCCCAGAGGACAAGGAUAAGGACAACACGGACAGUAAAGGCCACGCCACCGAGACAAAAAGCGACGAGUCCAACUAUGUGGAUCUGGACAUGAAACCGGACGGCGCAAAAACAGUGAAAGUUACUUUCACUGGCGAGGGAAACCAGCUGUCUGUUAUCAAAUGCGACAGCUCAAAGCAGGGGACAGAGGACAAUCGGGCCGCCGUCUCCGGGCCAAUUUCGUGCGAGCCUCCACUGGAAACUCUGAUCAAACUUCCCAACACCGGUCAGGGUUCAGAGAAUGACAAGCAGCGCCAGGCCGAGCUCGACCCGAGUGACUGCAGCGAACAUGUGUGCAGUGAGAGUGAUGAGCUCCAAUACACGGACAUGUAUCUGAACAGUAAAACUGAGUCUGAUGACGGGGCCAGCGCGGUGUUGUCCGACCACUGCGGCUCUGACACUGUGGAGGACGAGUCUCACUAUAUCACGACGCACGAAAUCCAGCUGACCGAGCUCGACCACGAUGUAGAUUACGACCUGGGGCGGGGGACCUGUUGGGAUUUUGAAGACGACAACCUGGUUUAUUCCUUUGUGGAUUACGCCUCUUUUGAAAGUGAUGAGACGCAGGAGGGGACUUUGCUACUAGAGGGCAGGAGCCAGUCGAAAGUGCAGUCUAAUCUUGGUGGAGCAGUUGUCAGCACCGAGCAGGAGGAGAGUGAUCUUUGUGACUCAGACAAAUGCGCCAGCUCUGAUGAGAGCGUGUGCAAAAACCAAAUUGGGGACGCAAAGACGGGGAAAAUUCAUUUAUCAAUACAAACCACCUCCAGAGCAGUGAACGAGCCCGUCAGUAUCCUUGACAACAGCACCUGUGGUUACACAAAACACUUUGGAGACAGGAGCCACUUCUCUUUUGUCAGCUCUGGCGCCUUAGCGGGUCCCUUGUGCGACAGAACCCAAUAUUUCAUCCCUGCUCCGGGCCGUCAGCACCUUGCAACCAAACUGAGACGGAAAGAUAUUAAUGAGUAUUCCAGCGGAGCGUCCAGCUCCAUCAGUGAGCUGGACGACGCUGAUAAAGAGGUGCGUAAUUUAACCGCCAAGUCUUUCCGUAGCUUGGCAUGUCCAUACUUUGAUGCCAUUAAUCUUAGCACCUCUAGUGAGUCCUCGGUGUCGGAAUAUGGGCUAAAUAAAUGGUCAGCCUAUGUGGAUUGGAAUUACGGAAACAUAUCGCGGGGAAGAGAGCGGAGCGUAAUUGCGCACAAGACUUCCAGAACAACACUGGAAAUGAACAAGACCGUGGACAGUAAGAGGCAUGGUAAGUCCAUCACUGGCAUGAAAGCUCCACAAACCAAAAUGUACGCACUCAACAAGAGAACAACUUCUCAGCAAGCUUCCUCUUCCAGCAAAAAGAUCGAGCUGAAAGAGCCGGUUCAGCCAAAGCAGCGUGGAGUGACGCUGAAUUUCCGCUGUAAUGUUGAGGCACCUGAAGGAACAAAGCGUCCAAAAUGCUCCAAGAGCACACGAUCCAAAGAGAUUCCUGGGGCUGUGUUGGCCAGAUCAGGGUGUGAGAUGCAAUAUCACCACACGGAAAACAUGGGGGACACACACAAAAGGGCAAUUUUUGCAUCAAGUCUUUUGAAAAACGUAAUUUCCAAAAAGAUGCAGUUUGAGCAGGAGCGCAAAAUGGAAAGGGGUGAAAUUUGUGACACAUACCCAGCUCUCUCCCCGGAAAGGAGUCUGGGAAGAGGUUUGCAAAGGCAAACUUCAGAGUCAGGCUCGGGAUUCACUGUUAAUUCUGCUGAUGAUCAGCGCCUGGAGGGCAGUAGACCCGGUUCCUGUGAGCCUGCAGAGGAGCAGAAAAGCAGUAAAGCACCAGACGACUCAGAAAAGGGACAGCAUGAGCCUCCAAAAGCACCGCUCAGCCACGGUCAAUGUAGUGCAUUUAAUUCACUGAAAGUAGAUGAGCCAGAACCUGUAAAGGAGGCUGAGCCCCUGGCUGUAAGUGACGCACAGACCACAGCCAAGCAAGGAUUAGACACCAGCAACAUGUUGACAAAACUGCUUUUUGUUCCGAGCUGCCAGCUUCUUUCAAAACAGAAGGAUUUUACAGAAGACUUAACAAGCCACACACCUGUCACAGACACACCUGCUGACCCACAGAAAUGUGAAAAAGAGUUCAAAACAGUCAAUAAUGGAAAAAUGGGAGGCAGAGAAGAAACCAAGAAGGGGGGCAAAACACCAGAGAUAAAAAUAUGCCUGAGAAGUGUGAAAGAAAACAAAGGCUGUACACUGAAUAUUGCCAACCUGUUGACCCCUAAAAUAAGUUACAACACUGUUAACACAUUCAGGGCAGCAGGUGAUGCUAAAUGCAACGCUUUAUCUGCAACAGAUAAAAUCCCAAACUUCACAGUUAGAGACAUAAGAGACACCAAAUGCAAGUUUCAAACGCCAAUAUAUCAUGUCAGGGAUGUGCGUAAAUUGGUAAAAAGCUCAUAUCGCUUUGUUUCUCUGGAUAAUAGCGACAGUAAAUGUUCCACAGCAGCUGAUAAACUUGAGGAAAAGGUCAAACAGGACCCAGUUAAACAUUUAUUACCUUCUCCUAUUGUGAUUAAAUGUCACUCUGUUAAAACAAAUGUUAAAUCACAGACAACUGAGGCAUCACAGAAACAAGCAGAGGCAGGCGUCCUGUCUGAAACAUCCCAAAGUGAAAAUGCACCAUUGCAUUGUGUGACUAGCAGGGUGCCACCUAUUGUACCCAAACAGCUGUCAGACCAAUCUGAAAUCCAGCCAAACACUGAAACCAAACUCGGAAAACAAAGGCAGGACAAGUUCACAGGUGAGACAGCUGAGAGGAGGAAUGAGCCUGCGAUACCAAAACAGGCUGCGCUCGAGAAGCUUAAAGCUGCAGUCAAAACGAUGGAGCAGCUUUAUGUGUUCGAUCGAAAUGAAUGGAAGCGUAAAACUGAAGCUCCACAGCCCAUCACAGACAGCCACGUGCUUUCACUCAUUGCCAGUGAGGAGCAGGGAGCAGAGGAGCUGGAGACAACAAACGCUGAGAGGACUCCUCAGUCCACAGACACAGGCAAACUACAGGAAGGCAAAGGAGCUGUGAAUAUCAUACAAGUCCCGUAUAACAGUGACACUUUUAAAACACAACUGCAGCAAAGUAAAACAUUUAGUAACAAAAGUGUCCUUCAUUUUGGCAACAGCAAUAAGGCACAUGUCAGCAUUAGUUCAGUUAGUAACUCUAUUCCACAAAUCUCUGCGCUGCAAACAUCGUCGACUAUGAAAAGCUCCAAGGCGGCUCCACUGUCAGUGAAAAUAGAGCCCCCGAAACACGGCAAGGUGGAGCAGGGAAAGGUCAAAAUCAGUCCCACUAAUCCCACUGUCUCACAGGGCUGUCCGGACUCCGAGAACUACUUAACCAUACCGGGGCUGGGGUAUACAAAUGAAAUCAAACUGCUAAAUCGAGAGCCCGUGUUGAGGGAGGGGAGUUCAAAUGUCAGUCAAGCCCUCACAGGUGACAGCAAGACACCUGAGCAGAAGAGGUCUCCGUUAAUCAUGGAGUACCCAGCCACAAGCAUCUACCAUCACUCUGCAGCAGCAACAGCAGGGCCACAAACCCAACAGCAGGUGUUGUGCUUCUCUCCCUCUGUCCCAGCUGUGUCACCUACCUCUUCCACUGGAGAGACAGUCCCACAAACCCAGCGCAAGAUGCUUUUAGACCCCUCUACAGGACAUUAUUACCUGGUGGACACUCCCAUACAGGCUGCCACCAAGCGACUGUUUGACCCUGAGACAGGCCAGUAUGUGGAUGUACCCAUGUCCCAUUCACCUGUGGCACCUGUCACCCCUGUUACCCCUGUGCCUCUCUCCUACUCCCCCCUGGCACUGAGCCCAGGAGCUUAUGCUCCCACCUACAUGAUCUACCCAAGCUUCAUCCCUUCGCCGACUCUCCCAGCUCAGGCGACGUUGCCACAGUCUCCGUGUCACUCUGAGGAUGCAGUUGGAGACAAGGUAAAAAAUGCCAGAAGUCCUAGGCCGGAAACUAACACAGCGGGUGCAGAGAGUGCAUAUUACAGCGCAACAGGCGAGGCUUCACAGGGGCCGCUGCAGCUACCUGUGAGUCUGGGACACGUGACCACCAGAGGAGGUGCAACCAGCUCCGAGAGGAAGCCAGUUAUCAGCAUCACAACGCAACAAGGUCCAAGAAUCAUCGCCCCUCCUUCCUUUGACGGAACAACAAUGAGCUUUGUAGUGGAGCAUCGGUGACCAAGAGAAUAUCUCAUCACACAUACAUCUCCUGUGAAGAAUCUGCCCUCGUUCACCGUAAGUGCAGUUUUCACCCCUGUCACUCCACCCUGUGACCUUCUCCCCAGGACAGCUUCCAACAACAACAAUUUCUACCCCCACUCGGUUGUGUUGUUUAUCCUUGCAGCAGACAUUACUGUAUUCUCUAUGCAUUGCAGCACUUUGUAGGGUAAACGCAUUCAGCCACAUCCUCUGGCUGAUGCUCUGCCACGUUGCUAUAUGAAUCAGCUUUGAAAUACUUUCCAUUCAGCUGCUGUCUAGAACACCUAACUAUACUGAAAAGCUUGUUUGGGCCCUGCAACAUGUCUAUUCAAAAGGAAACAAGACAGGUCUUACUGUUGUUACUCAUCAUCAGCUAAACCAUUUUAGUAUUGAGAGUUAAAUGAUCGCAUGCCUUUAAAGCAAGUCUAUGUAACUUUUGAAAGAAAAAAAAACACAUUUUUAUUUUAACAAUGAAAAGCUGAACUCAUAGGCGAUAACAUGCAACGUUGCUAAAAUCAGUACACUCAGGGGAUUUGCUGCUACAACCUCUCUUGGUUUGGUAUGACAGUGUUAGCUAAUGUAAGUCAGUUUCAUGACAUUAUGACUCCCAUUAUGACUCCAAAUAGUUAACACUUCAUACCUCAGCAGGAGACAUGUUUGUUGUUCCCUGAGUAUUGUCCCAUCACACCAUUCUGAGCAUGGAUGUAUCCAAGUGAGUGCCAGUUUAUCCCAGUGGCCAAAUAUGGUGCUGCAAAAAAAACAUUCCCUUGCAGCCUGAAAAGUAAUUUUCACCAUAGACCACAAUUAUUAUUAAAGAGACAUCUGAGUGACUUUCUCCUCACGUCCUCCAUAGAGGGAGCAGAGCUCUCAGGGGACUCAGGGAAAGACUUGUCCAUUUGACCAGUAGAGGUCACUGAGGUUGUCAAAAAGUUACACAGUGACAAGGUGCUGGGGGUGGAUGAGAUUUUUCCUGAGAUUCUCAAGGCUCAGAGCCAUUGUCAGGCUGCCUCCUCAUUGUCAUGUGGAGGUCAGGGACAGUACCUGUGGACUGGCAGACCAGGAAGAUGGUUCCCAUUUUCUAAAAAGGGAACCAGAAGUUGUUCUCCAACUAUUGGGCUAUCACACUGCCCAACUUUCCAAGGAAAGUUUAUGACUUGGGGUAUCUUGUGUUGGGUAGUAUGGGAUAACAGGGUACCAGGGCUGAGCCAUUUGGUCCUUUUAUACCAGGGGUGGUAGCUGUGUCCACAUUUUCAGCAGGAAGGCUAGCAUAUUCUCAUUGGAUAUUCGGCUAUGCCAGGGUUUUGUCUUUUCACAAAUUCCCAAACGCCCCAAGUGAAGGACGUCAAACAUCUUGGGGUCUUAUGCACAAGUGUAGGUAAAAUGAGUGUUGGAUUGACAGGCAGAUUGGUGCAAUGUCAGCAGUAAUGCGGAUUCUGCACCAGAUUAUUGUGGUCAAGAGAAAGCUGAGCCAGAAGGCAAAGCUUUCAAUUUACCAGUCAAUCUGCGUCCCAGCUCUCCCUUAUAGUCAUUAGCUUGAGGCAGUGACUGAAAGAAUGAGACUGCAGAUGCAAGCAGCCGAAAUGACUUUGCAGUGCAGGGUGGAUGCCUUCUGAUUGCCCACCAAUGGAGGUAGUCCAGACACAUUGAACUGGGAUCAGACCACAGGCAACCCCAGAGUAUGCUUGAGGGAUUAAAUGUCCCAUCAGACCAGGGAAUGCCUCGGGAACCUCCAGGAAAAGAUGGAGGACAUGGCUAGUGAGAAGGACAUUUGACUGCUUGCUUUGCCUGCUGCCACCAUGAUCCUAGAUCAGCAGUGGAAAAUGGAUGGAUGAAUGGACAUUUGUAAGACAGAACAUCAGAGACUCCAAGCAAGAAGGUUAAUAUUUGUAAAAUUUUCUGCAACAACUUAAAGUCUGUAGGGUAGGCUGGUGGGGCAAAAGAAAGAGACACCAAUUUCUAUGUGUAAUGGGCUGCACAACUUAGCUGCAGAAAUGUAAUGCCCUAUGUUCUUAAUUAGGAGCUUUUACUGAUUUUUUUUCCUGGUGUCCAGUAUCUGGUUCUCAUUAUAAAUCCAUGGUUCUGAGUAAGGUUGCUAAUGGUGAUGUCUUUAAAGUAAGCAACGUCAGAGGUUACAUAGCCUUCCUUUAUUUCACACAAUGAAUUAAUUAAUUACAGUAAAUACAACCUAUAAUAAAUAUUGUACACAGUUUUCUGAAGACAGGGACCAUAUGUCUGCACUGAAUUAAAAAUAAAUAGGUAAAUAAGGGGUAAUAUUAAAUCCCUCCACCUUUUCUUUCACAGUAACUUCAGUCAGAAGAGGAAUUAAAAUUACUGUAUUUCAAAAUAAGAUAUUUUAGAGAUGUCCCAAAUUAUUAGUUAAAUUGAUGUGUAUCAUUUUACUACCCCCAGCACAGUUAUGUUCACAUUCACAAUAACAUUUCCAUGUUUUGAAGGAGUUGUUCGCUCAUGGUCUAUUUGAAGUGUAUGUAUCCUGUGUCAUGUCUCACAAAAUGCAGCUAAUACCUGCACAACUGAUGUGUUGAAUGAAGUGUUGUAUGUUCAAAUUUAAAAGCACACUCCUAGAAGAAGAAGAAAAGAGAAACACACUGAGUGUGUUGCUCAGAUGUAGCAGAGCUGGGACUCAGGUUUAACAGUGUACUUAGAUCACUAAGUAGUGUUGGGCAUAACGAGUCAGAGCCAGCUUAGACAUUUAGAGGAUAACUUCCUCUACUGGUGUUGAUUUAUUUUACACUUUUGUGUAAUGGAGUUAGUGCGUGUGUGUCUGAAUAUGUUCGUGUUUGUGGCUGUGAGUUAUGUAUGGCAUUUCAGCAUUCUGUGAGAGUACGACAAGGAGUCAUGUUACUUUGCUGUAGACAGGGGCGUACAGACUGUACAUGUGUUGGGUGUGUCUUUACACUUCACACACAGCAGUGCCGUUUUCUCUUGUCUAAACCCCUUGACCUCUUUCACUUAAAUGUGUCUAAAGUGCGGUUUCCUUUCAAAUUAUAAAGUAACUGAUGAAAUCCAGACUAGGAUUCAAGAUUUUUUUUAAAUACUGAUUUCUCUACAGUUACGUUUUUUAUUGUUGUUGUUGUUUUGUUUUUCUGUCCUGUUUCCUUUUGAAUAUGCAGUGGGGCCUCAUAGGUCAUUGUGCUUUACUUGACUCAGUUAUACCAGCAUCCCAUGUAGGAAUAGUGCAAACUAUAGAUUGCUAUUUUUGGCAUGUUUCAAAACUAAACACAUUUUAAAGGUAUUUGGAGCUGCUGGUCAGUCUGUGUACCUUAAUUCUGUAAAAUACAUGUUAUUAUGCCUCUGUUACAACAGAAUUUAUAAAAAUUUCCCUAUGAGUUGAUUUCGUUAUAAGUGAUAUGAAUUCAUGCAGUGAUUUGGACGAUUUGUUGUUGACUGUGCAGUAGAUUGGAAAUGGUUUGCUCUUUAGAGCAAACUGAUGUUGCAGCAUUUAAUGCAUUUUGAGGUGAAAUAAAAAAAAAACUUAAAUUUGUACAUUUAAUUUCACACAUUGCCAUUCUUAACAUUGGUAUUUUAAGUAUUAUUCACAAUUAAUGUGCCCCUGAGGCAGCUGUGAGGAGUGCAAGUAAGAGCUAUUUAUUUAGAAAUGAUAGGCUCUGUUGUAUAGAAAUUACUGUUAAGGAAAAAAAAUCCAUAAUUUUUUGCCAAGCAUCCAAUGUAAAAAUUAACCAAAGCAACUUUUCUUAGUAUGAACAAGUUCAAAUUGAGAGAUAUGAUAGUCUACCUCCUGCCACAGAGUUUUAAAAGCAUGUGCUUGAACAGAAUGUUAUCCAAAGGUGAAAGAUAAUAAACAUAUUUUACUAGUUUCAGAGGAUUUACUGUAGCACAUUUACAUAUCAUUUUAAAACCCUGUGAAGAAGAACGUUAAUCACAAAUAUAUUUUAAUUCGUAAGAUCCAAUAAACCAGCUAUUCUAAUGUUGUCAGAAACAUUUAACUCAUGAAAUCCUUUCCCCUGGAUAUUAUUAGUUUCUUGUAUGACCUUUAUCUGUGAAUAAUAAUGUACUUAAUGCACUUGGAUUGUCACUCUUUUGUCACCAAUACUGACAGCAACGAAUGGUUGUAAACCUUGGUGAUAGCAGAGCACUAUGUGGACUUAUUGUAAAGUGAAACAUUUGUAAUCGUUUCUGAUGAAUUUUGCCCAAAUAUGCACUGUACCAUAGAUAAUGUCAUGUGUUUUAAAACAUUCUUCCAGAUGUCCUUCAACAAACCUGCUGACUUUGAGGUUAAAUAUGGGAAACUGACUGUAUUGAUGCUUGCUUUUGUAUAAAGAAAGAGGAUUAACUGAAGGUGAGAUGGUUCGAGAUAAGUGCAUACAGUAUGUGAAUGUUCAAAGCAAAAGGGCACAUAUUUGAAUGAAAUGCCUUAUUGGCAUUGUAUAUGUUUCAUGCCUCAUGUCAACUGUGUUGCAUGGCUGCUGCCGAAAAAGACAGAGGUCAGAAUGACAGCAGAGAGGUACCUUGAAAGGAGAAGUAAGUGCUGUGUUUGCACUUACAUGCUUGAAAGUAAUGAAUAUGAUGAAUGAGUGUAAUGUAGACUGACAAGCCUACAUAUGUUUGCAAUAAAUUCAAA